AUGAGUGAAGAAAAGACAACUCCAAUCAAAACAGCUGCUGAAGAUCUUACAAAGAAUAUUGCUGAAUAUAUGCAGCUUCAAGCUGAAGAACUUUCAGACAACUUUGAACUUGUCUUCCAGCUUAACCAGGCUGCAAUAGGCAAAUAUGGUGAACUUGUUGAUGAAGCUUCCUCAUUAAAAGAAAAAGCAUCAGCACUCCAAGAGCAAGAAAUCGGCGUUGCUUCAUUUCUCAGUAAUUUAUCUGUCAUCGAAGCCGAUAUUACAACUCUCGAAGAUACAAUUUCUAAAUUAGAAGGGUACUGCACUUUACUAGAAUCAAAAGUAGCUAAUGUUCAGCAUUAA